UAAUUUCAAUCUAGGGUUUUAUUAUUCCACAAGGAACAGAGCCAUUUCUGGGGUGACGGAAACCUGCAUGGAAAUCUCGUAGAAUUUGUAAUAUACUGUUGUUUCCUAAAUCGAGAAGAAACUUGAAAGGGUUAAGAUUCCGGCAUGAGUCACCGACGAGAAUGAACAGUAGUGUAAAGGAAUAGCCCGAGAUUACGAUGUCCCAUGUCAGAUAAAAGGCUAUCUUUGUAGAAAGAGGGAGUUGGACACUGUAUCGAUGGCUGAUCAGGAUGAAUUUCACGCCAAACAGAAGAUGAAGGGCAUUGAAAAAGAAUGUCUUGAUCAAUUGCAGAUGGAUAAGAAUCUUACUACACUGUGUGUGAGUAGGAUGAUCGAGAAAAACAAGAAAUUUUUCCUUGAAUUCAAAGAAGAAGAAAAGAAAGCGAAGCAGCUUGCACAAGAGCAAACACAAAUGUUUAUAGAAUUCCAGGAGAAGAUGAAAAAUGAAUCUGAGAUUAACAGAAAGAGAUUUGAUUCCUGGAGCAGCGACCCAAUCGAUCAUGAAGCUUUUCAUGAACACAUGAAAAAGAAAUUUCAUGAUGAGAUGCAAAAGAUGGACACACUAUCCAGGAAGUUACAUGAAAUGAAACCCUUGGGACAGAAGAAGUCUGACGAGAAUGCCUUGAGGCUUGUUGAAGAUGAUAAGAAGAGACAAGAGGAAUAUGCUAAAAAUCUUCUACUGGGAAGGGAGAAUUCCAAACAGAUGCUAAAUAUGGUAAUUGAAGAUCUUAGAGGAAAAGUGCAGGGGGUGAAUAAUCUUGGAAAUGAAAACAAGAGUAAAGAAUUGAAUGAGGCUUUAAAAAACAAGAUUAUAGAGUUGAAUGAGGAACUUCUACAGAAGCAAAUUGAGAUUACUGAAAUAGAGGAACUAAAUCAAACCCUUUUGAUUAAAGAUAGAAUGAGCAAUGACGAACUGCAGGAAACUCGUAAAGAGUUGAUUAAGGGUCUUCAAGAGUCAAAGGAUAAUCACAAUCAAAUUGGAAUUAAAAGAAUGGGAGAGAUUGAUAUGAAGCCCUUCCAAAUUGCUUGCAAAAGAAAAUUCUCAUCUGAAGAUGUAGAAAUGAAAGUUGUAGAGCUAUAUUCCUUAUGGCAAGAAAAGCUGACAAAACCCGGAUGGCAUCCAUUUAAAGUCGUUAUGAAUGCAGAUGGAGGACAUCAGCAAAAUAUUGAUGAAGAGGAUGAACAACUGAAAGGUUUAAAGGAAGAAUAUGGAAUUGAGGUGUAUGAAGCAGUUGUCGUGGCAUUAAAAGAAACGAAUGAAUACAACCCUAGUGGCAGUUAUGUAAUUCCUGAACUUUGGAACUAUGAGGAGAAUAAAAAAGCUAAGUUGAAGGAUGUUAUUGCGCACAACAACAGGAGAAUGAAAGAAUUGAGGCGCAAGAAAAGGGCAUGAAAAAUGUUAAUUUUCUGUUGUUAUAACUGUAAGCAAACCUAGAUUUUUAAAGGGGGCAGUUUUCUGUUGUUAUAACUGUAAGCAAACCUAGUUUUUUUGAAGGGGGCAGAAUUUCACAUCAUUUUGUUGGUCUUCUUAACAUGGGAAAUUCUUGAUUGACAUUGGAUUGUUAUAUUUUGAUAUCUUCUUCUGAAACUGUA